UCAAGAGGCGACUGCUAAGAUAACAUCAUACGCUUUGCUAAUGAUGGCAUUUCAUCCCGAAUGCCAGGAAAAAGUCUACGCCGAAAUAAAGGAGGUUUUCGAAGAUAAUGUCCGAGAUGUCACCGAGAACGACCUGAAAUUGAUGCCGUAUCUAGACAUGGUGUUCAAGGAAGUCAUUCGGCUCUUCCCUAUCGGAGUGAUGCUCCAAAGAACCAUAGCUGAAGACAUUGAAAUAAGCAAAGCGACACUGCCCGCUGGGAGCUCGCUCGUGGUGCCAAUAUACCACCUGCAUCGUGAUAAGCGGCAUUGGACUAACCCGAACGCCUUCGAACCGGAAAGAUUUAGACCUGAAAACUCCAGGCUACGCCAUCCGAAUUGCUAUAUGCCUUUCAGCCUUGGACCAAUGGAUUGCAUAGGGAGGUACUUCGCUAUCAAACUUGUGAAGACUAUAUGCAUCAAGGUACUUCAAAAAUUCCGGCUGACUUCUCCAGAGUCGUACGAGGACAUGCGGCUCGUGAUGGCAAUAUCGGUUGUCUCCGUCAAUGGCUACCCUGUUCAAGUGCAUCCGAGGAAUUAAAUAUGUGUUCGCGUUAACUGUAAUACAGAAGAAGAUGG